CCCCGCCGGCGUUCUUGCUGCUGCCCCUCUUCCCGCCCCCCGGCCUCUUCCCAGCCGGCCUGUCGCCCUUUCCCCCUUUCGCGUACCCUUCUGCAUCCACCGAGGAUCGCCAUGGCCGCCACGCCGGGCAUCCGCCCGCUGGACCCGACAAGUGCCCGGCGCCUGUGUGCCUCGCAGGUUGUCGUGGACCUCUCGGCCACCCUCAAGGAGCUCAUCGAGAAUGCCAUCGAUGCCGGGGCCACCAAGCUUGACAUCACCCUGCGCGACCACGGCCUUACCUCAAUCGAGGUGGCCGACGAUGGCCACGGCCUUGAUGAAACGUCUCUGCGAGACAUCGCCAAAAAAUACUGGACCUCCAAGAUCAGCUCCUUCGAGGAUGUGGCCAAUGUGGCCAGCUUUGGCUUCCGCGGGGAGGCGCUCAAUGCGCUGGCCUUCCUCGGCGAGCUGUCAAUCACCUCGCGACAGCGGACCCCGGCGGCCGGUGCGGUGCCCGCCUUUUCGGCGGUCUACGACUCCCAUGGCGAGGCCCAGUCGGUUGUCCCGUCCGGCCGAGAUUUCGGCACGACGGUCACCGUGCGAAGCCUCUUCAAGAACCAGCCGGUCCGCCAUCGGGAGGCCGUGCGCUGCCGGCUGCGGAAUUACAACCGCGCGGUGGCCAUGAUCCGGGCCAUGGCUUGCGUCAGCUGCCCGCAGCUGGCCGUCCGGCUGACGCACAUCCUGACCACCUCGGGCCAGCGAGCCAAGACCGAGUUGAUCUUCGCCACCAGCGGGGCGGGGCGCCGGGCGACGGCGGCCGCGGCGGCCGGCGGCCCGGCGCCCGACCUCCCCACUGCCACCGCCGACCGGGCCCAACUCCUGCGGAGCAUCCACGCCGCCGUGACGGGGGUGUACGGCGGCCGCUUUGCCGACGCCCUGGAGCAAUUCACCAUCGACAUCCCGAGCGACGGGCACACCAUCACCGUCAUCGGGCUGAUCUCCACGCCGAAUCCCCCGGCGGUGUCGGUGUCCGGCAUGCUGGCCGCCGGCGGGGGCACUGUCUCCACCACCACGUCCCCCAGCGUCGACCCGCGGCAGCAUAUCUCCCUGAACCAGCGCCUGAUUGACCUCUCGAGCAUGACGCGCGCCGCCACCGAGGCCUACCGAACUGCCUCGAUGACCUCGGCCGCCAAUGCCUCCCGGGCCACGGCGGUCCCCUUCCUCGGGGCCAUGCUGCUGAUUGAGCCGGCCGCGCUUGGCCGCGAGGUGGACAUCAAUGUUUCGCCGGACAAGCGCACCGUGCUCCUCCGCCGCGAGGCGGUCAUCGUAUCGACCUUCAAGGAAUACCUCGAGCAGGCGCUGUCGGCCUCGCGACGCACGUACACGGUCAAUGAGCCGCUGCCGCUGUCGCAGUUCAUGCAGGCGACCAAUGCAUCGUCAGCCAUGCUCGAGCCCAAGACCGAGGCGGGUCUCCCUUUCAGGGGGUCUCCCACGCGCCCCAGCAUUGCAACCACGCAAGCCUGGCUCACCGAGGCGGAGCCGCAGCCGAAGGCGGAGCCGCAGCAGCAUCCAGCGGGGCAGCUGCUUGCCACGUAUGACGAAGAGCGGGAGGCCCGCCUCUCGUCACAUGCCAGCCACGAGGAGCCGAUGGAUGUCGAGGCCACAGUCCCGGCCCCUGGCCGGAUGGGCUCGCCACCAGCGGAGAUCAUUCACCAGGAGACACAUCUGGAUGAUGGCACCGUGUUGACUUUUGCCAUGGCGCCGGCUCGGGCAGCGCCCCCGAGCGCCGCCCGAGCGCCCUUGGAGCCGAUUGGCCGGGCGGGGCCUUCCACCGGUCGGGACGCCCGCCCGGAGCCCGAGGCCCGGGGUUCGCCCGAGGCCGCGGAUCUGCCGGUGCCCGAGGCCGUCAGCUGGGUUCUAUCUGCGCCGGUUCGGGAGCCGCCCCCAAGUGCCGGCUGUUGCCCGGACGACGAUCCCGCCGGCGGGGAGUCCGAGUCGGCCCGGCGCCCGGUCCGUCCGGCCAGCCCGGGCCCGUCGGACCCCGGCUCGCAUCCGAAGCGCCCACGCGUUGGGCCGGCCACCAUGCCCUCCUCGGGGGAGGGGUCUGGGAGUAUGUCGGAGCCGGAGUCGGAGCCGGAGCCACAGCAGCCGGUCGAGGCGCUGCUUGGCAUUGGGCUCGGUGCGCCAGGCGGCCCACUCGGCCGGACGGCGAGCGUGACGACCCCCGGUUCUCCGGUCCCUUCCUCAUGUACUUCCGACAUGCCAAGCGUCACCUUGCCCGUGCACACUCCUCCGAGUGGCAGCUCGACAGGUCCACUACGGUCGGCCUUCUCGGCCAGGCCAUCAGAUCAACCGGUGGCCAGGGUCCGCGUGGACCUGGGCUCGAUGUCCCGGCGGCUGGCGGGACUUGCGUCGGGCUCGGGCGCGCCCAGCACCGAUGCCGGCGCCUUCCACUAUGACAGCGUCUACACGCAUGGUGCUGGGGCGGCCGGAGCCACGCGCGCACCUGUCGCUGCGUCGACCCAUGUCGACCCCCAGGCCGGGGAAGUCCGUCUCGAUGCCGGGGCCACCGGCGUCACCAGCCGCCGCGAGCGGACCCUCCGGCAGGCGGAUUUCCGCCGGAUGCGCGUCCUUGGCCAGUUCAACAAUGGCUUCAUCAUUGCGUUUCUGCCACGGGCCGAGGCCGAGGUGGGAGGGGCCGAAGGCCAGCCGAAUAGGCCCUCAGCAAAUGGGGCCUCCAAGCUCCAGGCCUUCGGCGACCUGUUCAUCAUUGACCAGCAUGCGGCCGAUGAGAAGUUCAACUACGAGCGCAUCCGCCGCGAGACGCGCCUCACGCCGCAGCCGCUGGUUGUCCCACGCCCCCUCGAGCAUUUGGACGCCAUUGAACGGCAGCUCUGUUACCAGCACGCUUCGACAGUCUUCCGACGCAAUGGGUUCACCUUUUCCUUCCAGCUGGCCCCGGAGGGGGACGCCUCCGAGCCGGCUGAUGUUGAGAGCGUCCGGCUGACCGGCCAGCCGGUCCUGGCUCGCGGGCAAGUCCUCGGUGUGGAUGACCUGGAUGACCUGCUCCGGCAGCUGUCCAUCUUCUCGACCGGCGGGAUCGCCAACAUGUCGCGCAGCCAUCGGGCAUCGUCGCUGAGCCAAGAUGCUGGCGCGGCCGCCUCAAAUGGCGCAGCCACUGAGGAGGCCGCCGGGGCCGGCACGCCGGAGGACACGUCGUACCUGGCCCCCCUGCCGCUGGUCCUGGAUGGCCUGGACCCGGAGGAUGACAUGGCGUCCGGGUUUUUCGCCGGGACCCGCGUGACAGCGGCGUCCGGGUCCAAUUCGAACCCGGCCGCCCGGUGGUCCGUGCCGGACUGGCGGCCGCCUACCGGGGAGCUGGAAGAGGAGGACCCUGCCAGCGUGGAUUUGGAGGCCUUGUGCAGCGGUCGCGCUCGGCGGGCCUUCGCCACGCAGGCCUGCCGGCAGAGCAUCAUGAUCGGGCGAGCCCUCUCCAAGAAGGAGAUGACCAAGGUGGUCCACAACCUGGCGGAGCUGGUGCACCCGUGGAACUGCCCGCAUGGACGGCCCACUCUGCGCCACUUGCUGGUGCUGGACGAUGCCUUUUUCCGCUCUGGCUAGGUCAAACACCUCUCUCUCUCUCUCUCUCUC